UUUUGUCUUCGAGCAUCGACGUUAGCUGGCGACGAAAAGAUAAGUUUCAGUCUGAGCUUUGGUUGACCCAAUUUUGGUACUAAUACACACAAUAAUCUCAUUAAAUUCAAUAUGAAUAAUUGGAAAUAGGGCAUAGUCUUAGGCACGAUGCCAGACAGAAGAUUGGGCAAACAAAAACAAUUGUGCCCGACAUUUGUAUUUUUAGCUAUAGAUUGAUGGCAGCAGAUUGCUGCGUACUUUCCAACUGUAUCAAUACUGACAUAGACGCAGUUUUGGCCAUCGAGCCAUCACUGAUGAACAUGAAAUGUCAGAUAUUUGCGUUGAUGUUAACUAGACUAGGCCGAACAUCCGAAUUGCCAAAGGAAGUCAUUCCCAAACUGCUGUGCAAACUGCGCAAAAUUGGAGCAAGUGCUUCGUAUUGUAUCGAACUCGACUAUAAAAGAUCUAGUCUUGAGGGAACAGAUUAUCAUUCUCCAUCACAAGCAAUCAAGAUGAUGAAGACAACUGCAAUCUUUGGCUGUGUGCUCAUAGCCGCCUUGUGCAUAGCAAAUCUGCCAUUCGGGGCAGCCGUCACCUGUGCGGUUGAUCCCACAGAUCCGGCCUGCAUCGACUGCACUGUGGACCUAACCAAUAUCCAGUGCGUGUUGGCAACAACUACAGUGGCACCCGAGGUCACCACAGUGCCUGGCGGAGUGACAACAGUAGCUCCUGGUGCUGGCGUCACAACCGCUGCUCCGGGUACAAGCGACACAACAACGGCCAGUACGGGCACGAAAAAGAAGACGAUCCGCAAGUACAAGCGGAAGGUCAAGGGAGGCAAGACAACAAUUAAGCGUAGCCGCAAGACAAGGCGCACCAGGAACAACAGCACAAAAUUCCACUAAGUUCGAACGAAGCAACAAAGACAAAGACCCCCUCUACACACCCACACAUUUAGUUAUUAAUUGUUAAAUAAAUAUAUAGAAUUAUGUCAGCUGAAUAUCGAUGUGCUUUUCGCUUCUAAAUCCUUCACAGAUGUCUCUCAGCUGGAGUUGGCGAGUGGAGCAGUACCAUGGAGCAAUAAUCCCACCCAUUAGGAGCCCGACUGUACCAUUGAUUAUCUAUACCAACAAUAAUUCGAACUGAACUAGUUCUCGCGGCGGUUGGAGUCGCCCUCGCUGAUGCUGUUGGACGCGUCCGCAUUGGUGCCGUUGGAGUCAGACC